AUGAGGGUGGCAGUGGGCAUGCUCUGGCUCCUGGCCCUCUGGGGGCACCCCCACGCCCAGGGCUCCUGCCCCUCUCAAUGCAGCUGCAGCCUCCACGUCCUGGGUGAUGGCAGCAAGGCCAGGACGGUGGUGUGCAGCGACCCCGACAUGACCCUGCCGCCCGCGUCCGUGCCCGCCGACACGAGCCGCCUGCGCCUGGAGCGGACGUCGGUGCGCCGCGUGGCGGGGGCCCUGGGGCCGCUGGGCCGCCUGGAGCAGCUGUGGCUGCCCUACAACGCGCUGGCCGAGCUCAGCGGCCUGAUGCUGCGCGGCCUGCGGCGCCUGCGCGAGCUGCGGCUGCCCGGGAACCGCCUGGCCGCCUUCCCCUGGGCCGCGCUCGCCGACGCCCCCCGCCUGCGGCUGCUCGACCUGCAGGCCAACCUGCUGGCCGCCGUGCCCGCCGACGCCGCGCGCUUCCUGCGCAACCUCACCUUCCUCGACCUGUCCAGCAACCGGCUGCUGAGGCUGCCGCCCGAGCUGCUGGCCGCCUGGGCCAGGCCCUUCCCGGCCGGCCAGCGCGCCUCGCGGGUGCUCGGCCUGCAGGACAACCCCUGGGCCUGCGACUGCCGCCUCUACGACCUGGCCCUUUUCCUGGAAAGCUGGGCCCCGAAUCUGGCCUUCAUAGAGGCCAGGCUGAAGUGUGCCAGCCCGCAAAGCCUGGCCGGAGUGGCCUUCAGCCAGCUGGAGCUGAGAAAGUGCCAGAGUCCGGAGCUCCGUCCAGGGGUGGCCAGCGUCAGGUCCCCUCUGGGCAGUGCAGUAUUGCUGCGCUGUGGGGCCACCGGCGUCCCUGGGCCAGAGAUGAGCUGGAGGAGAGCCAACGGGCACCCACUCAACGGCACAGUGCACCAGGAGGUGUCCGGCGACGGCGCCAGCUGGACGCUGCUGGGCCUGCCUGCUGUGUCCCCCCGUGACUCUGGGGACUACAUCUGCCAGGCCAAGAACUUCCUGGGAGUCUCGGAGACCGUCAUCUCCCUGGCCAUCACGGAGCCCCCGGCUUCCACGGAGCGCGGUGGGCUUCCAGAAGCUGCCGCCUACAACAGGGUGGUGGCCCGGCAUGUCCCCGACGGCCCCGCGCCUGGCGGCCCGGCCACUGCGCCCCCCGGGCCCGACGCCGAGGAGGACCUGAGCCUGCAGCAGGUGCAGGUGGGGGCCCCGGGGCACCCGGGGGCCCGGAUGCUCAGGUCCCUCAAGGUGGUGGGGGACACUUACCAGAGCGCGACGCUGGUGUGGAAGGCGCCUCAGGCCGGGAACACCACCGCCUUCAGCGUCCUCUACGCCGUCUUCGGGCAGCGCGACAUGCGGCGGGUGGCCGUGCAGCCCGGGAAGACCCGCGUCACCAUCCACGGGCUUGUGCCCAAGACCAAGUAUGUGGCGUGCGUCUGCAUGCGGGAGCUGGUGCCCCAGAAGGAGCAGUGUGUCAUCUUCUCCACGGACGAGGUGGUGGACACCGAGGCCACCCAGCGCCUCAUCAACGUGGUGGUGAUCAGCGUGGCCGUGGUCAUCGCCCUGCCCCUCACCCUGCUCGUGUGCUGUGGGGCCGCACGGCGGCGCUGCCGCAGGUGUCCCCCGGGGGGGCCCGCGGAGGCCGGGGGCGCCUACGUCAACCUGGACAGGCUGGGCCACAGCGACGACGGCUCCGAGGAGCUGUCCCAGCACAGCCUCAGCGAGGCCGCCGGGCUCCUCUCCGCACGGCCCAGCCUGGACUCGCAGGUGGCGGGCGCCCGCGGCGGCAGGCGGAUCAACGAGUACCUGUGCUGAGGGCGCCCGGGCCACACACCUGCUCGGCCCACCCGCUGACUCGACCUGGGGCCACGCCACGGGGUCCUGCCCGCGGGGACCCGCCUCCGCACGCGCGGCCCACCGCAGCAGCAGCCAAUGCUCACUAAGCCCUUACAGUGUGCCCGCCAGUGUCCUCGGGGCUUUAUGGUCAUCGACCUCAUUAAUUCUCAUCACAGCCCUUUGCAGCAGGCCCUACGUGUUCUCCCCAUUUUCCUGGAGAAGAAACAGGGGGAUUGACCAACUCGCCUGUAUCAGUCAUUUUUUUUUUUUUUCUGUGUAACCACUAAAAGCAAGAUGUUGGUGGUGUGCAACAGUGAGCGCUUAUUUUCACACAACCUACAGGUCUGCAGCUUGACCAGGGCGGCUCUGCUCCGUGAGUUCUCUGCAGGGCCCAGGAUGGAGUGUCAGUGGCGACUUGGAGCAGACUUCUUCCUUGAAGAGCUUGGAUGAUAUCAGAGGAAUGAGCAAAAACAUGCAACAUCUCUUAAGUUCUUGGCUCUAGAACCAGCAUGCCACCAUGGCUACCCGUGUUCUGUGGGCCAAAGCAGGUCCCAUGGCCUAACCCAACUCUCAUAGAGCAGCAGAGGACAGUUCUCCCAGGGAGCUGAUGAUGGGGCAGGAAAGAGUCUGCUGAGCAGUGAUCUGAUCUACCCCGCCCCUGAGGUACACGGCUAGGAAGUGGUAGUUGUGGACUCUGGACCAGGCAAUUGGUUCCAGAAUUGAUGGUCCCUGCCACUCCCCUCUCCUGCAUCUUAUCACAUUUAUGUUAACACAUAGACACCCACACCCCUGCUUGUGCAUGAGCCACAUUUGUACAGACACACACAGAGAUACAGUCUCUGCCUUCAUUGUAUACACUUAGGGAUUCCCAAUGUUUUUUCUCUGGAUGCUGCUCUGCCUCGAUAAUCAUUUGAUUUUCAAUAAAUUCUAGAGCUUGGAUGAUGCCCAGGAGACUCCUGCUUGUUUUAUCUCAGAAUGUCAGGCUGGAGGAAUCUGAGAUGCCCUCCAUGGAGGGUGGCACCGUACACUCAAUGCUGUAGGGCACACAGCUCGUUUGUCCCCACAGAGUGGCCUUUGUAAUUUGACUGAAACUUAGCUGGGUUCCUAGGAUGUCUCAGAGCCUUCCCAGUUAUUCAGGAAGCCACCUCAAAGUGGGAUUCUUGCUCAAUUUGCUUAACACUGGGAAGCCGCUGAGAUAUCAUCUCUGCGCACAAGCAAAGGUGAAUGUUCCCAACAACAGGGUCAGUGUCGUGUCUUGUCUGCAGGACUGAGCUCCAGAGUGUUUGGUGCCAGGGCCUUUAGAUACCAACUAAGGAAAUUCAGGGACGGCAAGGAAACAAUUUUGCUGGUAUCAACCAACAGACCCAUAUCGUGUUGAACAUUUGCCAGAUAGGAAACAGUGUGAUGUGGUGAUUUCUUUUUUUUUUUUUUAAGAUUAUAUUUAUUUAUGAGAGGCAGAGAGAGGAGGACAAGCAAACUCUGUGCUGAGUGUGGAGACUGACUCAGGCCCAAUCCCAGGACCCUGAGGUCAUGACCUGAGUCAAAACCAAGAGUUGGAUGCUCAACCGGCUGAGCUGCUCACAUGCCCCAAUACAGUGAUUUCUAAAGUUACUGUACUCCCUCUCAUAUUUACAAAGAUCUGACAACAUAUGGUUCUGUUUUCUCUCAUUUGAUCCUUACAACAACCCAUUAUGGAGGCUGAACUACUUGAUUUUACAGAUGAAAAAACCAAAGCCCAAAGAGUUGAAUAACUUAUAGAGGGUAGUGAUGGAUUUUUCUUGGAGGGUCUAAGUCUUUGAUAACUUCCUGACCAGGUUGAGGAUCUUCCUUCAGUGUUGAUCUCUGCAAUGUGAUCUAUAGCAGCUCCACUAUGGAAAUGGAUUUUUUUUCAAAUCAUUGAAAGCCAUAAGAACCAUAAGACCACCAGUACACACGAGCAUGGAGUUUAAAUAUGUGGAUAUUUUCUGCCCAUCAUCUGGAGGGUGCAUCUGACUAUAACUUAUGGACCAUAGCCAUUAAAAAGAGAAAUUGUUUGGUUGGAAGUUGACAAAACCACUGGCUACAUCACGGUCAACAACCAUAUAUGCCGUAAAGAAAACCAGAUAGUAAAUAUUUUAGGCUCUGUUACUGACUCAGCUCCUCUGAUGGAAUGUGAAAGCAGCCAUAGACAAUAUAUAAGUUGAUGGGCACAGGUGUGUUCCAAUAAAAUGUUAUUUACACUAACAGGUGGCAGGCUGGAUUUGGCUCCCAGGCUAUCGUUUUCCAACCCCUGCCGGUAGUUUUAUCAAGGCAUUUCUGUUGUUGAAACCCAAGACUCAGUUCUGAUUGUUUGAUAUAUGAGAUUGACAGGCACUCCCCAAAUUAGAACAAGAUGGAAGUGGCCACCUAUUGAAAUGGUUAAGAUAUUUCUUCUAAAUGAUUGACUGAGCCAAUCAAGGUUGAACAAUUAUAGGCCCAAAGACAACUAAGAUCCAGUCAGUUUUAUUAAACCUUGUUUGACGAGAAUUCAGGAACUUAAAAGCAAGAUUUGUUAGUAUUUAUCCAAUAUCAUGAGGUGUGUGGGGUGGGGGGAGAAAAAAGAGAAUAUUCAAACUUUUCAAUGAUUUCUUAAGACCUACUUUGGUGGUCUGGAUGGAAUGACCCCCAAGAUGGUCAGCCUCCAAAUAUCCAUCUGUCAGUCUUCCUUUCUGUGUUCUUUCUUCCCUGAUUUGCUCUGGUAAAGAAUCAUCCUGGAUUAUGUUCAUGAAUAUUCAUACAACUGGAAAAAAAAUGAAUUCCCAUUGUGAAAAAAUAAAAUGAUACCUGGUUUA